AUGCUGCCCCUCCGUGACCGGCCACCCACCUGGAGUGCACCGCUGAUUUCACAGGCCAUGCUGCAGGACCAUGACCUUUCACUUCUGCUCUUGGCGGCAAGGGCUGGUGUCAACCGCCCGGACUCUGGAGGGCAUGUGCCGCUUAUCUACGCGAUCUAUUCGGGUCGCGGUGAAUGGGUACUGACAUUGCUGCAAGCGCGGGCAGACCCCAUGCCGGCCACUGGCUUUCAGCCAUUGCUGCUAGCUACGGCUCGUCGGUUGGACGAGGCGGUGGUAUACCUUGUGGCUCACCGCGCGGACCCUCAGGCAGCGGCCAGAGAGGGCACCCUGCGAGGUAUCUCGGCUUGGGAUCUUGCGGUUCAAUGGCACAUGGAGUAUGCCCUGGGUGCCUUCAAGGCGGGAGGAGCGGUCUGUGAUGAUGUCAUGGUCCCGGUAAGGAGUGCCCUGUCGGGCGAAUUGGUGGGCCUCCUGACAGCCGGUGCCUCCCCACCCCUGCAGCAGUACGAGCUUCAGGAAUAUCUUCGUCUCCCCUUGUUGGGCCUGGAUGUCCUCCCAUUAGAGGAUGGCUUGGGGGUGUGUCGGCGGCAUUCGCUGCCAACGGAGGUUGCCCGGGACACGGAGACGGCACGGGGCUUGCAGCUCAGAGAACUACUACUGGAUCGCAAAUAUGACAUUGCGUUGGAGGUGGCUAUGUCGUUUCCAAGCGUUCUGAGCUCCUCCACUUACUGUUGGGGAGCGCCGCCAUCGCCGAUGCACUGGGCCAUUCGCAAUGAUGUUUGCCCGGUGCACACUUUGCUUUGA